GAGCGAACCGUCCCGUCGCCAAUCAUAAAUGCACCCGCCGUUUGCGAUGCGACGGACGACGACGCGGCCGGAGGCGAGGCCCGCGACCGAGGCGAAGCGCAGGACCGCCGGCAGUCGAUCGAAAGGCGCUCUCAAAAGCUCUGCGCUGCGCUGGCAGCUUUGAGCUUUCUCGGGCCGGAGAAAAGCCGAAACAAACAAACGGACUGGCCGAGUCGAGGAGAGAGAGAGGGUGAGAGGGAGAAGAGAAGGCGGAGAGAGAAAGCGAGCUGAGGAGCGCAGGCGCUGUCGCUGGCGAGGACAUGCUCGCGGCAGCGCGGUAUGGGCUCAAACCAUAGGCGUGUCAGGAACGGUGGAGAGCGGCGACCACUACUCGUCUUCGUCUCGGUCCUCGCGCGCUCCUGGGCUGCCUCUUGGUGCUAGAAACCCUCGCGUCGCGGGUGCUUGGUUGCGACUGCAAGCGCCAAGCUGCUGUGCUGUGCCGUGGGUGGCGGCGGCGGGAGUGGAAGUGGAACCGCAGCCGGUGCUGUGAUGGACGCGCAGCAGCAGCUGGAUUUGGUCAUGCGUCACCAGAGCAUGGCCACCGUCUGCGAGAGCGAGGACGCGCUGGGGUCGUCGGAGUCGGAUCCCGCGAGGCCGGCGCGCCCGCGCGGCAAGAGGAGCCGCGCCGCCGAGGUGCACAACCUCUCCGAGAAGAGGAGGAGGAGCAGGAUCAACGAGAAGAUGAAGGCGCUGCAGACCCUCAUACCCAACUCGAGCAAGACGGACAAGGCUUCCAUGCUUGAUGAUGCCAUUGAGUACCUGAAGCAUCUUCAGCUCCAGAUGUUGUCUAUGAGGAAUGGCCUCUAUCUGCCCCCAGGAAACCUGUCUGGAGCACCCGAGACUCUGGCACCCUUAGAAAUGUGCGCAGCACUUAACCAAAGUGGUGCCAAGGCAUCAAAUUCCGGCGUUGUCGUUCUACCUGGAAACAAAAUUCCUGUAGCUCGUCUUCUACUUGAUCCACCAAACCAUGAUCAGCGGCAUGAAAACCCGCUUGUAUUACAAAGUGUUCCUAGUAGUUCGACCGCUGUAGAGCCUCGGUUCCUUCAACAGCCAGCACAGCCCAACCUCCAAUCCUUUCAGCUGGCUGUACCUCCCGAGAUGAUCUUCGACGAGGCGGACAUGAUGCUAAAGCAUCGCCUAGCUUCAGGUCGAGAAACCACAUCUCUACCAGUAGGACAUGAGGCCAAGCCUGGUAGGCAGGAAGCAUGCAUGGUAAAUUCUGAUAUUUCUAACAGAGGUUCACUCGGGAAAGAAGUAUUUAUGCCCUACUUGCAUAGCUUGCAGAGCGGCGAUACGGAGGGAGGUCUGAGGGCAGGAUCAAACUAACUACACGGUGGUUCACCCUGCAAGAUUUUCCCCAUCGGGAUGGACAGAGGUGCCUAGCUAGGAGUCGCUAGUCGAUCUGAAAUGUUAGAAGCUAGAUCAGGUUGCAGUCUAGUAAACCAUCUUGUAAAACAGAGAGCUACCCAUCUAUAUGCACGCAUGAAAUGAAUCUCGGCCACACUGACCUGGCGGCCUUGUUCCAGCGGCAGA